AUGUCCAGCCGCCCCAGCGCGGCGGAGGCCCACGCUCUGUGGGCGCGGCAUGCGUUCCUGCUGCUGGCGGGUCUCCCGCGCGGCGCGCACAUAGCGCUCGACACGCACGCGUACGUGGUCGACACGCACUUCCAGGGCUUCAAGAUGGUGCCGCCCGGUCUCCAUUGCCUCGCAUGGCAGGCGGGUGCGUGGGACGACGACCGGCACGACGCCCUGGCCACCGAGGGCGUAUUUGUGCGCACAUACGAUGCGCCGACGGAUACGUGGGCCGUCGCGCCGGGCACCGAUGCGCGCACGCCGGCCGCUGUGUCGCAAGAGCACCUCCAGACGCUCGACGCGCAUCUCGCGCCGUACCCAGGCGAGGCGGGCGCGGGCUGGAGGGCCCUCACGCACUGGCUCGCACAGAGCCCCCGCACGCUUGCGCGCGUCUUCCGCACGCACGAGCACGCCGGCGACGCGACAUGCGACUCGUUCACGCCCGUGGGGCCCGCUGAUCCCCUCGCGACCGUGCGCGAGCUGCGUGCGCAGCGCCUGCCCGAUACCCCGUCCGCGGUGCCGCCGGGCCUUGCGUUUACGCCCGUGGGCCUCGCGCACAGCUGGCCACCAGGCGCACAGGGCGCCGAGCGCACGCAGUGGAGCAUGGACAAGUCGUGGCGGCUGGACCAGGUGCUUGCGCAGGCGAGCGCCGCCGAGGACGCUAAGCGUGACGAUGCAGGGCCGCUGCUGCGCGAGGCGGAGCUGUGCUUCCUCCUUGUGCGGUGUGCGAACCAUGCGGGGGCGCUGGAGCACUGGCUCGCGCUCGUCGACCUGUUCUGCUAUGCGGGCGCGCGCCUCGGCGCGCCGGCGCCGCAUGCUCUGCAUCCUGCCGAGUGGGACGCGGCGACGGCCGCGGCGUGCACGCUGGACGUGCAGCUCGAGGCGCAUGUGGCGUGGAUGCAUACGUUUACGGCGCAGUGUGGGGCCCUACCUACGACUGUGUGGACAUCGGAGCUCGCGCCGUACGAGGCGCGCGUCCUGCAGGCACUCGCGCAGCUGCGUGCCCACAUCGCGCGCGCGCUGGGCGCGUGGGCGGCGCGUGCCGCGCGGCCGGACGGGCCUGCGCCGCCGCACGAGCGCCUCGUGCAAGCGUGGCGCGCGCUCAGUGCAGUGGUGCAUGCGCGCUUUGCGUGGACGCUGGACGCGCGCCUCGACGAGGAGGUCGAGGCCGACGACGACGACGAGGCGCCGGUGCUAGUCGAUCUGUAG